UGGUGUCUCUCCUUCGCCACCGAGAGGCACCGCUGAUUUACCUAGAGAGGUUGAUAUACCCUCAACGACCACACCUGCUGUCAUCUCGGAGCCCGCUGAGACUAGACUGACGGAGUCAAUUGUCAGACCUCAGUCUGUGGGACCUCUAUUGGUAUUGGAUCUCAGCCUUCUCCAUAUGAACAUGUCCUCUCCCUUUUGUCUGAUUCCGAUCCCAGCAAAGACAUAUUCCGAAUAGAUCUCAGCUCUUUCGUCGUCUUUUUUAAUGGCAUGAUCGAGAAGAUCCUUCAUCAAGGGUAUUGCUUUGAUCAGUUUAGACGUUCCCUUUCUCGCCACCUGACGAUGAUCAAAGAAGAGGGAUAUCCGGCGUUAGCUGACUCUCUUACUGCUGAUUUUAUUAUCUUGGAAUCUGAACUCCGAGAGUUAGAGGAGCUAAAGGCUAAUGGAGCUUCUUCUUUCGUGUCCUCUCAGUUGGAGCAUAGAUUGUCACAAUGGCGUGAUUUGAGGUCUUCCAUCGGCAGCGAGCUUCAGUCACAUGAGAAUUCUAUUACACAGCUGAUGGCUAGUCUUGCAAGAAAGGACACUGACAGAGCCGAGUUACUCAGUUCUUUAGACUCCAACCGUGAGGAAGUAGACAAGUUGAAGAAGGCCUUGAAGUAUGCCGAGGAGUCUGGUGCUAUCAUGGCAGAGGAGUUGGCUGAACUAGAGAAAUCUCGCGGACAGAUGCUUGAGAGAUUAGGAUCUACGCAGGAGAGACUGAUGAAGCUAAAAAAUGAAGCCGCGAAGAUCUUGAGCAAUUCUAAAGAAUCUGUCCGAGUUGAUCUGCAGGCUGAGCUUGAGCAGAGUUAUGUAGAUAGACUUUCUAAGUUAGAAUUUCACAUUCUUGCUCGCCGACUGCGUUCGGGCCAAUGA